AUGGCAAUACUAGUAUCAGUUUCAACUUUUGCUUUAGAUCGUAUCAUCGGUGCUUUGAAUUGGAUUUGUCAUUGUGCUUUUGAUUGGUCUACUUUAGAUGAUAUCGGUAGAUUGAAUGAUCGGCAACAUCUUCGAUUUUGGGUCUGCUCUUUAGAUAAGUUUCAAAUUGAAGAUUAUGGAUGUAUUGAUGGUAAUUUAUGGUUUCAUCUUCACCCGUUAAUAAUUGUUGAUUAG